AUGCGAGGCCAACGGGGCGUGUCGUGCGCCGCGCCGGCCCUGCGGCGCGUGGUGCGGCGCAUGCACACGCAGGAAGCGCCUUGCAAUGCGGUGGGCGUGCAGCUGCUGGAGCGUACGUUGCAUCGGCAGGUGUUUCCGCCGGCGUCGACGCAGAUCCCACCGGUGGAUCCGUGUGCGCUGGACUUGUGUCAAGACCACCUGCAUCAGCACGGCCUGCAUGCCUCGAAGGCGUCGAAGCUCUCUCCGACGUCGUUUGCGCUACCGCCGCUGCUCGGCAAGGAUCUGGGCGAGCAUUUCUGGACGAUGGGACGACGGCUCGUGCAUCCCUGGAUGGAGUAUGCGGAGACGCUCGCGCGCACGCCGAUGCCGCGGCCGCCGCGGCCUGAAGCUGACAUCGAUGCGGAUGCCGACGCGUACUGGGACGCGGACAGCUGGCUCGCGCUGGACGAGUCGCUGCAGCCGAGUGUGCCGCUGCGCCCCGCGGCGCUCUCGAUGGAGCCGGGGUGGAGCAAGUAUGCGUUUCUGCGGACGAGCCAGGGGACCGUCGCGGGCCUCGCGCCGCCGGAGCCGGUGGCGUAUCCUGAUGUAGAGGAUGCGGCGCUGGUGUUCGAUGUCGAGACCAUGCCGCGGGUGAGCUCGUACCCCGUGAUGGCGUCGGCGGUGGGGCAGCAUGCAUGGUACACGUGGAUCAGUCCGUGGCUCGUGCAGCGCGGUGAGCGGCACACGAGCAUGGCACACCUGAUUCCGAUGGGACCGCGCGACGGGUCGGCGCCGCCGCGUCUGCUCGUCGGCCAUCAUGCCGGCUUUGAUCGCGCGGCGGUGCUGGAGGAGUACAGUCUGCACAUGACGCAGAUCCGAUGGCUCGACACGAUGAGUCUGCACGUCGCGACGAAUGGCAUAUCGUCGCCGCAGCGAGCGGCGUGGACGGAGCAUGCGCGGCGACGUGCGAUGCGGCGUCUCGAUGCGUGGCUGACGACGCAGCGGCGCGAGCGCGACACGCAGGAGCAGAUCAAGGCCGUGCUUGAUGAGGGCGAUCUGGACGAGGACGCGUUCGCUGCGCUGCGGAUGCAUGUGCAUGAUGCGGCGGCGGACGCGCCGGAGGAGGAGGAUGGCCAGGUGCUGUGGCAGGACGUCACGUCGCAGAACUCGCUGGCGGAUGUGGCGGCCUUGCACUGUGGCAUUCAUCUCGACAAGGAUGUGCGGAACGUGUUUGUCGAGAGCACGAGUCGUGAGGAGGUGGCGUCGCAGCUGGCGCCGCUCCUGGCGUACUGUGCGUCGGACGUGCACACGACGUGUGCCGUCUUUGCGAAGGUGUGGCCCGCGUUCCUGCGCAGCUGCCCGCAUCCUGCGACGCUGGCGGGUGUGUUGGGCCUGGGCAGUACGUUUCUGCCGGUCGACGCGAGCUGGCAGACGUACCGCCGCGCGACGCAGGCGAAGUUUGAGCAGAUGAAUGCGCGGGUCGUGUCGACGCUCAAGCACCUCGCGACGACGCUGAUGGAGUCGGGCGUCGCGGCGAUCGAUGCACAGACGCCGGACCGAUGGUGGGAGACGGAUCCCUGGUACGCGCAGCUCGACUGGUCGCCGAAGCGGCCGAAAGUGCAUGAGGAGGCGUCGCUCGUGCCGCUGUGGUGGCGCGACAAGAUCGCGCAUGCCAAGCGAGCGCUCGGCGCCCGCAGCCACAUUGUCGUGCAGCUCCUGCAGCUGCGGUGCGAUGGCGACGCUGUGGUCUACGAUGCGGCGAAGCGGCGCUGGGCGGUCGAGCGUGAGGGCGAGCUGCAUGCGCUGCCGUCCUCGCCGCUCUCGCAGGCGAUGCGCCAGCGGCACACGAUCACGAGUGAGGCGGGUGCGGACGUGCUGGCGGCGGUGCUGCGUGGCGAGGGCGAUGCCGCGGUGCGGGCGCUCGCGUUACGUGUGCGCGAGGCGCCUGGGCCGCAUCCGGCGCUGGCGCAGCUGGACUGGACGCGCGUGCCGUACACGGACGCGAACGAGCGGGCGCCGUGGUGGCCGAAGUGGUACUGGGACCUGUAUGACGCGCGCGCGAAGGAGAUUGACGUGACGAUCCGCGCCAAGAUAGCGCCGCUGCUCCUGAAAAUCGCAUGGGACGGCAUGCCGAUCUACCGCAGUCGCGAGCACGGCUGGAUCUACGAGAGUGUGCAGCGUGUCGAGGGCCAGACGCCGCUCGUCUUUUCGCACGCCGCGGACGCCGCGCUUCAGCGCGGCGUAUUCUACAAGCUGCCGCAUGCCGAUGGCGACGGCAGCAAUGUCGGCAACCCGUUCAGCAAGGGCUUCCUGCCCCUGCUCGAGAGCGGGCGCCUGCAGAGUCUGCAUCCGAGCAGGGCGAGUGGCGAUGCGGCGCGGGGCGCGCUGGAGAUGAACGCGCAGUGCAGCUACUGGAUCAGUGCGCGCGAUCGGAUCGAGCGGCAGGUGGUCGUGUGGGACGGCGAGGCGGAGACGCGCAUGGGCUUUGCGCCGCACGACGAGCGGCGCGGCCUGAUUCUGCCGCAGGUGAUUACGAUGGGCACGGUGACGCGGCGCGCGAUUGAAAAGACGUGGCUGACCGCGUCGAAUGCGAAGCGCAACCGCAUCGGCAGCGAGCUCAAGUCGAUGGUCAAGGCGCCGCGCGGCUGGAGUAUCGUGGGCGCGGACGUCGACAGUGAGGAGCUGUGGAUCUGCAGCGUGAUGGGCGACGCCCAGUUUGGCAUCCACGGCGCGACGGCGAUUGGGUGGAUGACGCUCGAGGGCGCCAAGGCGCAGGGCACCGAUCUGCACAGCAAGACGGCGUCGAUCCUCGGCACGAAGCGCGACCAGGCGAAGGUGUUCAACUACAGCCGCAUUUAUGGCGCAGGCAUCCGGCAUGCGAUGCACCUGCUGCUCAAGGCGAAUCCCAGCAUGCAGGUCGACGAGGCCGCGCGGCGAGCGAAGCAGCUGUAUGCGGCGACGAAGGGGCAGGCGACGCGCGGCGACGCGUACUUUGGGCGGCGGUUCUGGUACGGCGGCAGCGAGAGCUUUGUGUUCAACAAGCUCGAGGAGAUCGCGCUGAGCGAGCAUCCACGGACGCCCGCGCUCGACUGCGGCAUCACAGCGGCCCUGUCGCGCCAGUACCUGCCGCGGGCGCGCGGCGAGCAGCAGGACUACAUGCCGAGCCGCAUCAAUUGGGUCGUGCAGUCGAGCGGCGUCGACUACCUGCACCUGCUGAUCACCGCGAUGGGGUAUUUGUGUGCGACGUACGGGAUCGAGGCGCGCUUCAUGCUCAGUGUGCACGACGAGGUACGGUACCUGGCGCGCGACGACGACAAGUACCGCGCGGCGCUCGCGCUGCAGAUCGCGAAUCUGUGGACGCGCGCCAUGUUUGCGUUCAAGCUCAACAUGGACGACCUGCCCGAGUCGUGUGCGUUCUUUGCGGCCGUCGACAUUGACCAUGUCCUGCGCAAAGAGGUUGACGAUCCGUGCGUGACGCCAUCGCAGCCCGAUCCCAUCCCGCCGGGCGAGUCGCUCGACAUGGCCGGCGUGCUUGCCAAGGCGGGCGGCUCGCUGCAUCGCACGCGGGGCGUCGAGCUGGCCGACCCCGGGUGGCCCGCGUACGUGCCGUCCAUGCAGCAGCACCGCUGUGUGGGCGAGGCCGGUUUGCUCUUUCUCCAGGCGCAGGCGGCGACGGACAUGGACGAGAUUCGCGCGCUGCACCGACGAUGGCAGCGGUUGCCGUCGAACGUGCGCUCGUACGCCACGUCGGCGAGAACGCCGCCGGCGCUGCGCACGCUCGCAGCGCUCGAGGCCCUGCUGCCGCCGAGACCGCGACGACGAGUCGCACGGCCUCGGCGCCGGCCGCGACGGAAGCGCGCCAUGCCGGCCAUGGCGCCCCGUCCGAUGCCGCGCAUCCACCUGUCAGGCGCGCUGCUGCCGCCAUCGCUGUACAACAAGCCGAUGCUGCGGUACAAGCCGACGCAGCCGCUGCGCAUGACCAUGAUGAUCCGCGCGCGGCGCCGAGCGCGGCAGCGGCGUCUGCAGCGGUGGGACGAGCUCCAGGAGAUCAAGUUCCUGCUGGGAGACGACGAUGCCUGGUACGACACGUACAAGCCGUACGAGCGCGAGCUACAGGCGCAGUUUCAGCGCGAGCGCGAGCGUGCGCAGAUGGUGUUCACACCCGAGCAGCUGCGUGUAGCGAAGGCCGCGCGACGCGCGAGGCUCGCACAAUAUAUGGCACGCCGCACGAGGCAAGAUACCCCGCGAGACUAG